UUGAUCAGUUAGACAGUCGAAGCAGGAGAGAUGAGCACUGUGCAGGAAGUGAAUUCCAGGGUGCGUGGGAUCCGAGCCCCAGUGAACCUGCAGGGUCUAGCUGCAUGCAUCUCAGAGCAGAUUGCACAGGGUGUAAAAAAACCCUUCAAGAGUGUGAUUGAUGUCAGCUCAGGUGAUCCACACAAGGCAGGAAUGCCGCCUAUCUCAUUUAUUCGCCAGGUUAUGGCAGUGUGUCUGUACCCUGAGCUCCUAAAAGAAAAAAGCCUUCCUCUGGACGUCAGGCAGAGGGCACAGAAGCUUCUGGACAUGUGUUCUGGAGGGAGUGUGGGUUCAUACUCCACAACCUCAAUAGGUUUACCAGAAGUCCAGAAAAGCAUUUCUGAAUUUAUCACAAGGCGAGACGGUGGGGUGCUUUCUCAUCCAGAAGACAUCAUCUUAACUAUUGGCUCACAGAAGGGUUUGUCGGUGUUUUUGAACCUGCUUACCAGCGGAGAGGGCAAAACUCAGACAGGUGUGCUGACCCCCAUGCCCUGUCCACAUACUCUGCCCAUGCUGCUGGACAUGACUGGGCUGGCACUGGUUCCGUAUCGUCUUUUUGAGGAACAAGGCUGGGCUGUAAACCUGGAUGAGCUGCAUAGAGCUUUAGAGGCAGGAAGAGUCCACUGUGAGCCCAAAGCCAUAUACAUCAGCAACCCAGGAAAUCCUACAGGUUACGUGCAAGACAGAGAGACUAUUGAGAAAGUGAUUCGCUUUGCUGCUACCAACUGCCUCAUCAUACUGGCUGAAGAGGUGCACCAGGGCAGUGUGUAUGGCCAGGACAAAGAAUUUAUUUCCUACAAGAAAGUGCUGUCUGAGAUGGGUAAAACUUAUGCUGAGACAAUGGAGCUGGUGUCUUUCCAUUCAAUAUCCACAGCCUACAUAGGAGAGUGUGGUCUGAGAGGAGGGUAUAUGGAGGUAGUCAACAUUGACCCAGCAGUGAAAAAGUGUUUAAAUUUCACUCCCAGUGCUCCAGUGUUACCACAGCUGGCACUGGAACUUAGUCUUAAUCCACCUAGACCUGAAGAUUCUUCCUAUAACUCAUACACACAGGAGAUUCAUCAUAUUGAGGAUACUCUUUCCCAGAAUGCUAAACGAGCACUUGAGUUUCUGAAUAGAGUGGAAGGGAUGAGCUGUCAGCCAUCAAUGGCAGGACCCUUUCUUUAUCCCCGGGUACACUUGCCACCUCACAUGGUAGAGGAGGCCAAGAGGUUGGGAGUGAAGGCGGACGUGCUUUACUGUCAGAGGUUGCUGGAAGAAGAGGGUAUUUGUGUGGGAGCAGGUUGUGAGAAUGGACAGGAAGAUAAAAACUAUCACAUCAGGCUGUGUAUUAUGACUCCUCCUUCCACUCUGGAGGAGAUCUUGGCACGACUUCGUUCUUUCCACCAUCACCUGCUGGAAAAACUGUAGUUACAUAAAAUCAACUGUGAAUGCUACUGCAUAAAUAUAGAUUUCUUUAAGCCUUAAUCUAUCAUUUCAACCAGAUUAUGCACUGAUACUGUGCACCAGCAGUUUAGCCACUCUCCCUUUCACACCUUUCCCUAGCAAGCAAAAGCUCCCUGACGCAGUCCCAGGAGGAACCACAGAUCUCUUGAGGGUUAUGUCAGUGGGGCAUUUGGGAUAAAAAUAAAUGUUAAAAAAUUUUUCUAAAUCAAAUAUAUGGCAAAUCCUUGUGAUUAAGGGAGUCGUUGAAAGCAGCCCCACCACCCUGCAGUAGCUGAUUUGGGUUAAUUACAUUGACGUUAAACUGUUGGGAAUUAAAACACCAAGUUUCUAAUAGUCUGAACAAACCAUGUGAAUUAAUUUCAUGAACAUCAUGAAAACCAUUGUAAUGCAAAGAGGGACUAUUAAAAGCUAAAUGUAUUCCAACUAACACUGUGCAUGUCAAUAGUUUAACUUUUCAUAUUCAAUUUUCUGGUUUCAGGGUUCACUUUUUAAAAAAUAUAUAAUUACUUGUCAAUAUGAAAAUGACACUUAAUUGGCUGUUUUUCAGCUUUAAAGAAGUGAUUAGUUUACAGCAAAAGGAGAAUUUUAGUGAUCACUGAAGUUUGUGUAAAAGUAAAGAUUCCCAAAAUGUUUUGAAAUAGAAUAUUAUGUUUAUAAAUAGCUGCUAGUCUGGUGUGGAGAUGCCAUGGAAGCAGGACAGAUCUGGACAUAAGCGAAAGCAUGAGUGAUAAGUAAGUGUUGGCAGUGAACUGGUUGGUGCUGUCUUCCAGGAUGGGCUAAAGUUUAGUUUAGUUUAGUUUAACCUUAACUAAACUAAACUACACUACACUGUAGUUUAGUUUAAAACGCAUAAUAGCAUAAUGCAAUAGCAAUAGAGAAACAUGACUUGAAGUAAAAAAAGUGCCACACCAUGAAUUUUGCUCUAUACCAGAAAAUCCUGAAGAACUGUGUGGCCAAAAGUUCGUGCUCUGAAGCUCAAGCACACGGCUUAGGAAGCAGGUCAAUGAUCUGAACCACAACAGCAAACUUCCCACUGAAUGGCUAAAACAACAAAACAAAGGUCUUGGAGUGGUCUAGUCACAAUCUGGACUUGAAUCUGAUUGAGAGGAUUUGGCAUGACCUUAAACAGGCCAUUCAUGCUCGAAAACGCUCCAUUGUGGUUAAAUUAAAACAAUUCUUCAAUGAGUGGGCCAAAAUUCCUCCACAGCCAUGUGAAAGACUCAUUACUGGUUAUCACACUUAAUUGCAGUUCUUUGUGCCAAGGAUGGCACUGGCAAUUACUUUUUCACACAUGGCCAGUUAGGUUUGGAUAGCUUUUUUCCCUGAAUAAAUUAAAUCAUCAUCAACCAUCAACAUAAAAAACUACAUUUUGUACUUAUUCGUGUCAUUUUUGUGACAAAAUUGCAAAAAAUGAAGAAAAGAAGGGGACAAGUACUUUUUCACAACAAGUCACUACUCGAUCUUUGUGUCCCACCUUAAACUAAACUUCAAUUAUUAAUAUUUUUUCAAACUCAAAUCACCACUGUUACAAAAAACAGAUUAACAAACAACACACAUGUCCCGGUGUAAAGUUCAGAGGUAACUAGAUGGAUUUAUAUUGGAUUACCCUCUGCUCACUGGGAGCCUCAAACUCCCAAACUUUCCUUUGUGUCAUUUAGAUCGAGGAAGUUUGUAGUUUCAUCGCGGUAGGACAGGACUCCUCUGUGUCUGAGAUGGCAAUGGGGAGGAGUCUGAAAGGAAGAAUGAUGGAGAGCACCAAUUUAAACCAUGCAAAGGAGAGGCUAAUUGGCUCAAAGAAGGCAAGCGAGAAGAUGAUUGGACGAGAGUAAUGACAUCAGUAUUUAGAUUGACAGUGUGAGAAAGCAGUAGUCAUGUAAGGUUUGUAACUAAAUCAUCCAAGCUUAGUCCUGAUUUUUUUUUCUUUUUCCCUUUUUCCAUUUGAGCCUUCAAUGUUGUGUGACAGCUUUCUUUUUAAGACCAGUCUUCCUGUCCACUGUCAACACAAAGUUUGAUCAACAUGAUGCAAGCUGUACCUAACAAACAGGGUUUAAAUGCACAGCAAAUGUAGAAGUUCAUUAAAGCUGAAACAUUUCAGUGAAGUGAAAACGAUCUGGGAACAUUAUUUCUCUAUUCACAAUUACAUGUUGUACUUGCAGUAUAACAGGCAAAGGUUUUGAUUUCUUGCAUACUAUCAAAUGCACACCUAUGUGUCACAGGUUACAGCUACUUCAGGAAUUCUUCAAACGUAUUCACUUCACUGUACCAUUUGAUUGUGUUGGAGAUUUCAUUUUGAAAUGAUAACAUCUUAAACUUUAUCAUUACUUUUCAGUCACUUACCCAAGUGUUUAUUUGUUAAUUUAUACUUUUUAAUGUUUUUUUUCUACAUGUGUGUUUUCAUAAAAAUCUUUUUGGGAAAAUUGCUCCAAACAAUGUGAUGAUUUCUGUUUUGUUCAAGAUAACUAUAAAAACCAAAUAUAUUUGAUAAAUUCAAUCUAAAGGACAUCAUUACAAGAAAAACUGAAAAAAUGACUCCUGGUCACCACCAGGAGUCAUUGUCAGCUUUUGCUUUAAAUAUGCUACUUUGCCUGUAGGUGGUUGGUUGCUGCUGCUGCUCAGCAGGAGCAACAAAAUAAACAGUUACUUGGAGGAGA